GCCAUCUUGUGUGUUUCUCGUGGGUAGCAAAGUUCACAUUGUUGCAUGUGAUACAGUAACCAAGCGAAGGGAUCGAUUAAAAUUUCAAAACUGGAAAGUCUGCUGUUAUACUAACAGUGUGCCUGUGGUCCUGUUGUUAGGAAGGGCUCAGCAGUGCCUGGGUGCCCAGGGAGCCACUGCCUGAGUCCCAAGAGGUCGACCUAAAUCAAACACUGGACAUGAGUGCUCCUAAAGGAGGCCUGGUCAUCUUCACGGCCAACUCCAACCCCUCCAGCCGAGAACUGGCCCGGAGGAUCGCAGAGCGAUUGGGGGUGGAGCUUGGGAAGGUGCAGGUCUAUCAGGAGGCUAACAGAGAAACACGGGUUCAGAUUGAAGAGUCUGUGCGGGGCAAAGAUGUUUUCAUCAUCCAGACCGUGUCAAAGGAUGUUAACACCACCAUCAUGGAGCUGCUCAUUAUGGUUUACGCCUGCAGGACGUCCUGUGCUCGAAACAUCAUCGGCGUCAUUCCCUAUUUUCCCUACAGCAAACAGUGCAAAAUGAGGAAGAGAGGCUCCAUCGUCUCCAAACUGCUGGCCUCAAUGAUGUGUAAAGCUGGUCUGACUCAUCUCAUUACUAUGGAUUUGCAUCAAAAGGAAAUCCAGGGUUUCUUCAACAUUCCAGUGGAUAAUCUCCGGGCCUCUCCGUUCCUGUUGCAGUACAUCCAGGAAGAAAUUCCUGAUUACAGAAAUGCUGUAAUUGUGGCCAAAUCUCCAGCAUCAGCCAAAAGGGCCCAGUCAUUUGCUGAAAGAUUGCGUCUGGGCAUCGCUGUGAUCCACGGUGAAGCGCAGGACGCAGAAUCAGACCUGGUUGAUGGACGUCAUUCACCACCCACUGUCAAAAACAUCGGCGCCAUCCAUCCAAGCCUAGAAAUACCAUUGCUGAUUCCCAAAGAAAAACCACCGAUAACUGUAGUUGGAGAUGUAGGAGGACGAAUUGCCAUCAUAGUGGAUGACAUCAUUGAUGAUGUUGACAGUUUCCUAGCAGCUGCCGAAAAUCUGAAAGAAAGGGGCGCCUACAAGAUCUUCGUGAUGGCCACUCAUGGGAUCCUCUCCUCAGAUGCUCCUCGACUAAUAGAGGAGUCCGCCAUAGACGAGGUGGUUGUCACCAACACCAUUCCACAUGAGAUCCAAAAACUCCAGUGUCCCAAGAUCAAAACGGUGGACAUCAGCAUGAUCCUGUCAGAAGCCAUUCGCCGCAUCCAUAAUGGAGAAUCCAUGUCUUACCUGUUUCGUAAUAUAGGUAUGGAUGAUUAGCAGGUUCUUGUACAGUCAGUCAGAGGUCAAGAGUUUUUUCUGUCCCUAUUUGCUUGUGUCAUUAACCGUUUCUCUUUUUGUCAUCUCUCAAAACCGCUUGUUUUAUGUGUAAUAUUUUGAAAUAAUAAUAGUACUCUUGAAGAAGCAGGAUGUUGCGAUGCUAAUUUAAAGGGUUGUUGACCAGAAAAUGAUAAAUCUGUCAUCAUUUACUCAUCCUCCAUAGAUAUUUCUGAAUAAUGAUAAAAGCUGGAGGCCAUUGACUACUAUUGUAUAUAUAUUCUUUUUCUUUCAACAUUCUUCAAAGUAUCUUCUUUUGAGUUAAACGGAAAUAAGAAACUCAUGAAGGUUUGGAUGCACUCAGAGGGUGAGUAAAUGUUGACAUGUCAUUUACUUAGCGUGCUAAUGCGAAAACAGGUUUGAAUUGCAGGAAUUUUUCACCUCGUGAUCACAAACGUUGACACUUUUUAAGAUUUCGAUUUAAAGGGAGAACCACUGGAUGCUAAAAGGACAUCUUCAGCUCUUUUAGCUGUAGAUCUUCUGUCUUUUCUCUUUUUUUCUUUUUAGUAUUUAAAGAACGGAUAACUCCACUGUGUGGCCAACAAUUCCAAAAUGUUUCCAAUUCAGAAAUCUAUGCUGUGACAUAUCAGUGUCAGUGCCUCAUGAAUUGUGCGUUUUCUGUGCCACCAGUUGAUUUGUGUUAUCUUCGUGUUAGUGCUGAUGUUAAAUUAACAUUUAUUUUGUACACGCAAGGUACGUGCAUAGAUUUCAAUAUCAUGUUUAAGAUUGAAACUGAAGCCUAAUGCACUUGACUGAAUGUUUUUUCUUGCUCGAUUCUUCUACUAACACUUUGAGCACUUAGGUUUUAAGUUCUGCCAGUAACGGGAUCGUGAAGCGUCUUUGCCUCAUAAAUGUUUGGUCAUGGCGGCCAGAAUUUGCCUCUGAGAACUUCUCAUUUUCAAAUGAAAUGCAGGGUUUUUGUUAUGUGACUAAUAUGUCAGGCUUUUGUAUUUAUUCACAGCACUUGAUGACGAUGAAUAAACAAGAUAAAGACUAACUGA